GGCCGGAAGCGGGUAAUGGGGGCUAGAAUGUAGCGGAGGGAGCCUCCGUUUCCAUGGUAGUGUGGCCCGGUGAGCUGUGAGGGCCUGGUACCGGAGUCAUUCCCGUUGUCGGGAUGACGGGCCUGAGCUCACCAUGACCGGAGAAAAGAAAAAGAAGAAGAGGCUGAAUCGCAGCAUACUGCUGGCUAAGAAAAUCGUUUUCAAAGAUGGAGGGACGGUGAGUGGUGACAGCUCUCACAUAUGUCACCUGUAAGGCAGCGACAAGGCGUUGGAGAGCCCAGUGUCUACCAUGCAGUGGUGGUUAUAUUUUUGGAGUUUUUCGCCUGGGGAUUGCUGACAACGCCCAUGUUAACGGUUCUGCACCAGACGUUCCCUCAGCACACCUUCUUAAUGAAUGGCCUAAUCCAUGGAGUGAAGGGACUUCUUUCCUUCUUGAGUGCCCCCCUGAUUGGAGCAUUAUCAGAUGUUUGGGGCAGAAAGUCUUUCCUUCUACUCACUGUUUUCUUCACAUGUGCCCCUAUACCUUUGCUGAAGAUAAGUCCAUGGUGGUAUUUUGCAGUGAUUUCUAUGUCGGGUGUCUUUGCUGUGACUUUUUCAGUGAUUUUCGCUUAUGUGGCAGAUAUUACCCAGGAGCAUGAGCGAAGUACAGCAUAUGGUUUGGUGUCAGCCACCUUUGCUGCCAGCCUUGUAACCAGUCCUGCAAUUGGUGCCUAUUUGUCUCGGGCAUACAGUGACACACUAGUAGUAGUACUAGCCUCUGGUGUGGCAUUGCUGGACAUUGGAUUUAUCCUUCUUGCUGUUCCCGAGUCACUGCCUGAAGAAAUGAGACCAGUGUCUUGGGGAGCGCCUAUAUCUUGGGAGCAAGCUGACCCUUUUGCGUCCUUACGGAAAGUUGGCCAGGAUUCCACCGUUCUCCUCAUCUGUAUAACGGUGUUUCUGUCUUACCUGCCUGAAGCCGGACAGUACUCAAGCUUUUUUCUUUACCUACGACAGGUGAUUGGCUUCACAUCAGAAACCGUGGCUACAUUUAUUGGCGUUGUCGGAAUAUUGUCAAUCUUGGCUCAGACUGUGGUGCUGGGAGUUCUUAUGAGAUCAAUUGGCAAUAAGAACACUAUAUUACUUGGUCUUGGCUUCCAGAUAUUGCAGCUUGCUUGGUAUGGCUUUGGGUCUCAGCAAUGGAUGAUGUGGGCUGCUGGUGCAGUAGCUGCAAUGUCAAGUAUUACCUUCCCUGCUAUCAGUGCUGUGGUGUCUCGCAAUGCAGAUCCAGACCAGCAAGGUGUUGUACAAGGAAUGGUAACUGGAAUUCGUGGCUUAUGUAAUGGAUUGGGGCCCGCUUUAUAUGGGUUCGUCUUUUAUUUGUUCCAUGUUGAGUUGAAUGAAAUGAAUGAGGAGGAGCCUUCUGACAAAGUCCUGAAACCCAAUAUGGCCAACCCUUCUGAUGAGAGAAGUAUAAUCCCUGGUCCACCCUUUCUGUUUGGGGCUUGUUCUGUAUUGUUGUCCUUGCUUGUAGCACUCUUCAUCCCAGAGCACACCAGCCUUACACUGCGCUCUGGUGCUCAUAAGAAGCACAGCAAUGGUGCUCAGAGCCAUGCACUUCUACCUCCUGCCCACCUCCUUGAGGGCAAGGAACCACUCCUUGAUGAUAGCAGAGUAUGACCCAAGGACUUUUACAUGGGUGUCCUAGCAAGAAGACUGUCAACAUCAUGGAUUGCUCCAAGAUAGUUGAGUGAACUUAACUAGAACAGCAGAAGAAGCAAGGACCAAAAGACAGAGGAAACUUUGACAGUUUCUUUUACUAGACAAAGCAAAUGCUGUUACAAAAGUGCCAUGGCAGGGAUUGAGGUGGUGGGUCUGCUUGUAAGAACGUGGCCAGGAAAGGUAUAACUGAAUAGUUCAUCAGUUAUUUGCUGCAGGAAAUUGGAUAUGCCAUGUAAAAUGUUAUAAUAGGAAGACUGGCUGAGUGAGAUGUUAUGAAAUCAGAAAAUCUCUUGCCAAAUCCAAGAAGAGGACCUCAGUAGGAGCUGCCCAAAGUUCUGCCUUUACACCGAAUUACAGAAGAAGAGCCAAUUGCAUUGUGGCAAAAAUUAUACCUUUUUGUUAUUGUUUUUAAUUCUCACUGAAUUGAGUUGACUGAAAUAAUGGGUACACAAUGUCCAUUUUUGUAUAUUAUGUUGUCUUCAAAUUUUAAGCCCUCCUUUUGUUAUUUCCCAAUGCCACAGUGCAACCCCUGAGGGGGCUGAGUCGGAGGAAGAGCUCUCACGCUGGACUGACGGAUCAGCCUAUCUUUAUUCCAAAUUAAAAAUCUUUUUUUUUUCUUUCCCAAAUAAAACUCUUCUUCUUGUUCUUAAAAUACUAAGGGAGGGAGAAGAAAAGUAAUGAAUGUGCACAAAUGGUAGUUAGCAGGGCAAAUACGGAGUUCCUUCUAUACUUUGUAAAGCAAUGUGAUAACUAAAUCGCAGCUGGUGUCUUUAGCUUGUAAUCUAGUGCUGCUUAGGCAACUUAGGAAAAAAUGUAAAAAAUUGGCGCCAUAUUAGUUACCUUUGUCUGGUUUGGACGCCCCCUUUUGUUAAGAACCACCUGUUUUUGGCAGUGAAAGAAACCAGCGAGUCCUCAUGUGCACUCAUUGUGGCAGCUGUCUAGUUGGAGUUGAAGGCCACUUCUGAGACGCCUGGUGAACAGCUGAUUUUGUCAUGGCUAGGAUAGGGCCACUACAGGAAAAACAAUAUUACUUGUGGACAUUUAAAUGACUGUCCUUUCCUACAAUAUGUGGAUAGUCCAGGUUUGCUAGGGUUUAGAUCUGCUGCUUGGUAGUAGCAUCUACUUUGGGUCAUACAGUAGAGGGGGUUCAAGUUCUGUAGUAGGACAUUUGAGAAGUCUUAUUUAAAGGGUAUCUGUCAGAAGAUGUGUACCUAUGAAACUGGCUGACCUGUUACAUGUGUGCUUGGCAGAUGAAGGUAUCUGUUGGUCCCGUGUUCAUAUGUGUCCACAUUGCU